AUGGUUGAAGUUAAGUUUCAAUUUUACUUAGAACGUAAUGAUAAUAGUCAAAUUGCUAUGUAUAAGCUAUGCAAUGAACCAAUUUUGUACUAUCAUGCUUCUAGAGAGCAAAACGCAGUUUUUAUUCAAGUAUUUAGUUCUGAAAACGAUAAAUCCUGGGGAACCAACGAUAAAAUGCAUAAAAUGAAAAUAAGUAUUCGAGUUAACAUUGAUAAUCCAAUAUCAGAGGGCUAUGUCUACGAAAAAGAGUUAUAUGGAAUUUAUAGAACUGGAUAUCCAUUAACUUUCGAUUUUGAUUACAUGCUACAUCUCCAAAUUGUAAAAUCUCGAGUAUUUGACUUCGUUUUCUCAAUAGAAGAAGCCGAAAUUCCUGACAAUUUCAAAUUUACUUUUACUCAAAAGUAUUCUACAGAAGUUAAUGACAUAUUUAAUUGCUUAUUCAAGUUAUACAGAGAUUCAGAGAAAAGAAAGUAUUUGCCAGAAGAUAUUUUUAAUUUUUUCGAAGAUCAUAGGCAUAACAUCUCAGAAAUCGACAUUUCAGACUUCCAAGUUCUAAUUAGACAUUCCAAUACAUCCAAUACGAAAAUCAAAUACUAUUUCAACUUCGAUUCAAAUGAGAAUCAUCAAAUUUAUGAUUUUGUAACUAAAGAUAAACUCAAUGACAAUUUAUUACCAUUAAUAUACGUAAACAAGCUUGAUAACCUUGAAUGCAAUGAAGAAUACUCUUUAUCCGAUAAGAAUUAUACAAAAGAAACUAAAAUUUUAGUUUGUGACAAAAGUAAAUUCAGAGAAGUGAAUGAAAACCUUGAUUGCUCUUUAUCUGAUGAGAAUUAUAAUAGAGAAACUAGAAAAGUGAAUGAAAACCUUGAUAAUUCUAAAAUAAGGAUUUACGAAGCUACAGAUGCUGUUGCAAAACUUGAAAGCAUUCAGUUCAAAUCGUUAAAGGAAAUAGAUCCAAAUUUGACAUUUUAUGAUUAUGUUUAUAAAAACGAAAAUACUCUUUACGAAGUUCUUGAAUAUGGACGGUAUGCAAAUUCAUAUGAUAUUGAUCAAAACGGGUAUUUCCCGAUACAUCCUUCUAAUUACUGGUUGGAAGGAUAUCACUCGUAUAUUUCUAUUCCGAAUGGAAAGAAUUUGUUUUUCUCUUUAGAUGGUGUUUCUUGUAAAAAAGAUAAGGAAAUGACUUCAAGAGUGAACAUCGGAGAUAUAAUGCCGCGCUUCCCUGGAAUUGAUUGCCCAAAGAGUCCAAUAUUCAUUGUUAUUAAGGUAAAACAAAUUUCAAAUUGCAAUGAUUUGUUCGAAAUCGUAAGAGAACCUCCUAAAAUUGUUCACCAGACUGUAGAACAGUUCAGAAAUAGCUACAUCGUGUACCAUUCUAUAGCUUUGAGAACAAGCGAUAUUAAUGAAAAUUGUUUAAUUACUUACGCUGCUGAGAAGUAA